AUGCACCUGCUAAACAUUCCAUCGUUGCGGCUCGAGUCAGUUUUCGACCCGUAUAUUCCUCAGUAUGCCAUCCUUUCGCACACAUGGGAGAACGAGGAAAUUCUACUUGACGGCAUCCGCGACCCAUGCCAACCGCUGCCCGUCCACAAGAAAGGCUUCGCAAAGGUUCAAAAAAGUUGUCGUCAGGCGCUCCAUGAUGGUUUUGGCUAUAGCAGCAGCGCCGAACUCUCCGAGGCCAUCAACUCCUUGUUUCAGUGGUAUCUUAAAUCGCGCCGCUGCUACGCCUACUUGGUCGAUGUCAACGAUCCUGCAGGCGAGCGCAGCGUGGGCUUUCAGCAAAGCCGCUGGUUUACCCGAGGGUGGACUUUGCAGGAGCUUAUCGCACCCAAAGAUGUCCGUUUCCAUGACCACAACUGGAGUUCGCUCGGCAGGAGGCAAACCAGUGGUGACGAUCCCGGCGCCUUGGAGGACGUCGCCGAGGAAAUCAACAGAACGACCAACAUAGCCCAUUCAGCGUUGCGAGCAUUCAGCGUUGCACGGAAAAUGUCUUGGGCAGCCCACCGACGUACAACACAACGCGAGGAUAAGGCCUACUGCCUGUUGGGGAUCUUUCGGGGCGAGUAUGCCCUUGUGCAAGAAAUUCUCAAGGUUUCGAACGAUCAGUCUAAAUUGGCGUUCGACCACCCGUGUACGGGAUGUGGCUAUCACACCUUUCCACAGACAGGGGUUGCUCUCCCAACAGAAUCCCCUCGAUGCUUGCGGGCUCAAUGA